CAUGACGACCUUGUCGGCGUUCCCUAUGGGUCCAAGGUCGGCUCGCGCAACGGCAAGGGCUUCAUCCACGUCCUCCGCCCGACGCCCGAGCUCUGGACUCUCGCGCUCCCUCACCGCAUGCAAAUCCUCUACCUCGCGGACAUUGUGUUCGUCACCUCGUGGCUGAAUAUCAAGCCCGGUAGCAAAGUUAUUGAAGCU